AUGACCAGUGCAUCGCAUCAGUCUGAUUCUCGAUUCGCCAACAAUCGGAAGCACUCGAUCUCGAGCUCUGGGUAUAUCGUGCCAGACGUGCACAACCCCCGCACCGACACCUUGAUGAAUUCUCAAGCCCAGCCGAGCUCUGUAAAUCCGUCGGCUUUCGAUACAUCAUCGCCUGGUUCCCUCGAGCUCAACUUUCCCUUUGCUGGAAGUCCACAUGGCAGCAGCAACAGUGGCAUAGACGUUCCGCCGGAUUUUCGCACAACCACCACUCACGGAUUCGCCAACCGAGGUACGCUCCAGUACGCUCCAGGCAGGGUGUCGAGUCCGCAGCAUCGUGCCAGUCUGGCGAGUAUCGACUCUGCUUUCGACCAUGAUCUUUUUGGUACCGCGGCGUUAAAUCAAUGGACCUCAACUGGCCCACACAAUCAAGCUGUGGACAAUGUUGAUGAUUCGCCUGCCAAGGCCGCCAGCAUCGUGGACCUGGACGGGAAAACGGAAAAGGAUGACGAAAAGCCACCAGCAUGGAGCGAGUUGAAGACCAAGGCCGGAAAGGAGAGGAAACGACUUCCCCUGGCCUGUAUAGCGUGUCGACGCAAGAAGAUCAAAUGCUCAGGCGAAAAGCCCGCUUGCAAGCAUUGUCUGAGAGCCAGAAUCCCUUGCGUGUACAAAGUGACUACGAGGAAAGCUGCACCACGGACGGACUAUAUGGCUAUGCUGGAUAAGCGGCUGAAGCGCAUGGAGGAUCGAGUUAUUCGCGUUCUUCCCAAGGAUGAAUUACCAGACUUCAAUGCUACAGGUCGUGCAUCUGUGCGUCCUCCGCUUCCUGGACAAGGCCCAAAGAAAGACAAGGACCAGCCCAAGAAACGCUCUGCCGACGAAGCAUUCACCCAGGAGUUGAAUGACUGGAGAAAUCCAAAGGAGAAGACUACGCUCUUCGAUCCUACGGCCGGCCUGAGAAAACAGAGGGAGGGAGAAAACAAACUGUUCAUCGAAGGUUCCGAUUCCCUGCCACCACAGCACAUCCAAGAACAUCUCGCCGAGGUCUUUUUCGACUGUGUAUACGGCCAAUCGUACCUUCUCCUCCACAAACCCAGCUUCAUGCGUAAAUUGAAAGCAGGCACGAUACCUCCCGUACUGAUCCUCGCUGUAUGCGCCAUCUCGGCCCGCUUUUCAACCCAUCCCCAGGUCAGCACCGAACCAGCGUUUCUGCGCGGCGAACAGUGGGCCACACCGGCGCGCCGUAUUGUGGAGAAACGCCAUUACGAACCUAACAUCACCAUCCUGACUGCCAUGCUCAUGCUCGGCCUACACUACUUCGGGACGUGUGAGGGCGGCCUGUCAUGGUCCUUCGGUGGUCAAGCCAUGCGGAUGGGUUACGCUCUUCAGCUCCACCGAGAACUAGACCACGACCCUCAGGGCAGGAACCAAAUCGCAAACGACCCCAGCAAGAAAGGUCCUCUAGACUUGUCAUUCACAGAUCGCGAGAUUCGACGUCGCACAAUGUGGGCAUGCUAUCUCAUGGACACGUUCAACUCGUCGGGCUCCGAACGGCCGUCAUUCCUGAACGAGGAGUACUACCAGAUCCAACUCCCCAUCAAAGAGUCUCAUUUCCAAAUGGAAGUCCCUGGGCCGACAGAAGAUCUGUACGGCAAUGUACCCAUGGCGUCUACAUUCUCCUCCUCUUCCUCCUCAGCCUACCUGGCCAACGCAACCCAUCCGCAGUCCCAACAACCACCCGCCUCAUCCGACUCCAAAACAGGCUCGACGGCUCCUCCCCUCGACACCACGGCAGCUAAUGCGGCCGCCGACAUUGCGGCCGAAGCCAGAGCCAACAUGGGCGUGUCGGCAUACAUUGUCCGCGGGGUGGUUCUGUGGAAGCGCAUCGUCAAAUACCUCAACCUGGGCGGCAAAGAGAAAGACCCGCACCCGAUCUGGGACACACUGUCACAGUUCGCCGUGCUGCAGCGACAAAUCACGCAGCUAAAAUCCAGCCUCCCGCCGGACCUGACUUACACGCCGGACAACCUCGCGGCACACGCGUCGGAACGGCUCGCGAACCAGUUCCUGUUUCUGCAUAUUAUUCUCGCGCAGACGAGUCUGUUUCUCCACCGCUUCGCCAUCCCGACGGUGCCUUCGCCGUCGCGUCGGCCGCAUCACGCCGCGUAUAUUGCCGCGGGGAUGCCGCGGUCCUUUCUGUCCAACAGCGCCAACGCGGUCGUCGAGUCGGCGAGCACGAUCUCGAAACUCAUCGCCGACUCGGCGGGCCAUACGCUCACCGUCCCAUUUGCGGGCUACUGCGCCUACGCCGCCGCGACGGUUCACGUGUGGGGCAUCUUCAGCAAGAACGCCGCGCUCGAGGCCUCUUCCAAGGAGAACCUACGCCACAACUACAAGUACCUCACGCGCAUGAAGCGCUACUGGGGGAUGUUCCACUACAUGGCCGAGAGCAUCAAGGACAAUUACCGCGCCUUUGCCGACGCCGCUAUCAGAAGCACCGGCGGUCCGCGCAGCGCCGGGGGAGUAUUGCUUCGCAAUCAACCGUCCAACACAACCAACGGCCAUGACGCUGGAAUACCCAUGGACCUGGACCUGGCAACGAGUGGGCCACCUUCGCGCGCCGAAACACCAGGUGCUGAGGCUAGAAGGGCAGCAGCAGCAGCAGGAGGAGGAGGAGGACCUGCCGCAGCGCAACAAGGCUCGGCUAACGGUAGUGGUGGUGGCGUUGGUGGCAAGGCAAUGUUCCAGUACGGCGACUGGUUCGACAAGUACCCGCAUGGCGUCAGUGAGAGUGAGUGGGAAAACAGCCACCUCGAAUACAGGCGUGAAGCAGGUACCGCUGAAGCCGUCAUGUCGCAGCGCAGCGAGCUGCAGAGCGUCGAGGAGUUCUUUGCGAGUCUGAGCCCGCCGAGCAAAGCCGACGACGGGCCCGGCGGGCAAAGGGGCAAGAAGAUUGCGCGACGGCGGGGGAAGAGUGUGGCCGAGAACAAAAAGGACGCCAAAGGAGCUGGGAAGAAUGCUACUGCUGCUGGAUCAUCUUCGAUUGCCACUCCUACAAAUAGUGCUGCCACUGCUUCUGCUGCUGCUGGAGCGCCUAUUUCAUCAACAUCUAAUGCUGGGCUCGCUGCACAGGCACAACAGCAACAACAGGUCAGGCCACGACUAUCGAGCAAUGCCACAGAAGUCAACAUCAGCCAGCCAUUUAAUCCGGCCGAUUUCGACAUCGCGUCCCCGUCUCUAUAUCAAACUCCCCAGAUUGGAGGACAAUCCCAACCAACAACACAACAAGGCCAUGUUGAUCCAUUUGGUUUCGACAAUCUCCCACACAUCAGCUUCAACUGGAUCAAUACUCUUCCGGCAAUCGAUAGACAAAUGGUCUUUGGUGCAUACUCGGGUGUGGACCCGUCCUCUGAGACGACCCACCAGCAAUCGGCAGGUCUCGACCGUCUGGACGAUAACUCCACGACUAUGGACACGUACGGAGGCAAUGCGAACCCGUGGGAGCAGCUUGAUCUGAACGGGUACGGAUACAAUGAUCCACUUGUGGGUGGAAACAAUAUGAUGGACACCGGAUCUUCGGCUUGGUUGUUGCCUUUCAACAUCGAGCCACCCAAUUACGGUAGUGGAGGCAUGGAGGAUUUUGGAAACACCGCUCUUGAUGGCAUGGACUUUGGCGACAUGACUGCUGCUGCAGGAGGCAUCGGGAGUGAUAGUGGUUCCCAGUACCCGGACCAAAAACCUGGGGCUUGA